CCCGGGCCCCGGCCCUAUAAAAGGCGCCGUGUGCCUCCACCAUCGGGGAACAAACCAAACCCACCACCAGCCGCCUUUUCUUCGAUCGAGGGUUUAGCUAGCCUAGGGUAGAAGGGCGGCGGGCUAGGGUUUCCGCCGCCGCCGCCGCCGCCGCCGCCUCCGCGAUGGCCACCUACAACUUCGACCUGCUCGACCUCGCGGAUGGCGAGUCCGGUGACGCCGCGGUGUCCGUCGUCGUCGGCAAGAAGAAAACCUUGGCCGUCGACGCCAAGAUCGCCGACGCCGCCGACCCCGCCCAGCCCGCCGUCCAGGAGAAGCCCAAGUCGUACUCCUACUACACCAAGCUGCAGCUCGACGAAGCUCUAAGAAUAUGUGAGCAAAAGCAGACAAGGGUGAAGGAGGCUCAGAAAAAACUGAGGGGAGAGGAAGCAAAGUUGAAGGAGCAACCAGGGAAUGAAGCCCGUCUGAAGGAGGUGUCGGAUGAGAAACGGAAACUGUGGUUGGAGCUGAAGAAACUGUGGCAGGAGGAAUGGAAGACAUUGAGGCCGAAGAGAGAUGCUUUUUAUGAGGAGAAUAAGAUUCCUCUGCCCAACAAGAAUAAUAAGGACAACGAGAAGAAGCCCAAUGAUGUAGAUCCUGGCAGCAAUCACAAUGGUGUUAAUGGUAAUGUCUACAACAAUAAUGAUGAUGGCAGCUGUUGUUACAGCAGCGACUAUGGUGGGAACAAUGACGAGUAUCUAGCACAGCUGUGUGAUGGUGGUGAGCACUACCCGCAUGGCCAUGAUGAGAGGCAGGUAGAGAGAGGUCAUUACCACUACAACAAGGGUGAUAGGCAGGGGUACCGUCAGGGCCAGCUUAGGAUGAAGAAGGUGUACGUGCCCAAGGUGAAGGCGUCCUCUGAUGCUGGAACAGAGGCUGAGGAAAAGCCUGAAGAGAAUGGUGCGUCUGCUACCACCAUGGAACAAAAGGAGGCCAGUGCUGAUAAUGCAGAUGUUGUACCUGCUUCUGAAUCAGACAAGUCUGCUGGGGGUGCUGCCCAAGAAGGUCCUAACAAUGGAACUAGGACUCAUUUCCUAAAGGAGAAGCGCAAUGGCUCUGAGAAGAGGAAGAAGAAAAAUGCUAUGAAAAACAGCGGCACUGAGCCAGAGAAGGUGAAGAAGCAAGAUUCUGAGGUAGAUGGCUCGAAAUCGGCAGACAAGCAACCACUGGAAGAAGAGAAAAAGACCCUUGCUGAGUAUGAGAAGAUGCGCGAGGAGAAAAAGAUGACCUCGGAGGCCUCAAAAACUGAGGCGAGGAAGGUCACUGCUGAUGAAUUUAAGGGCCUGCAGAUGUUGGAGAAAAGGAAGCUGGAUGUUGAGGAAGCUGUCAUCAAGGUAGAAAAGGCUCAGCCCAAGGUUAAGGAGGCUAGCAAUAAGGAAGUAGUUCAGGCCGAGGGGAAGGAUGCUGCUGCAAAGGAUGGCAAACCUAAGAAGGUUGUUGUCCCCCACCAAAACCUUGGGUUCAGGCCACCAAGCCGUGUACCUUACGUUCAGGAAGAUGGCUCUUCUGCUCGUGCUCGCUUCAAUGGUGGUUUCCACGGUGGCAGCCGUGACAACAGCACUGAGCCCCGGGUCAAUGGCAGAGCAGCCCAGAACGAAGCUGGUGACCACAACGGCAAUGGUGCACCACGGGGUGCCCACAAUGGCCGAGGCGACGGCGCUCCGAGGGGCAACUACUCCGGCCACCGGAAUGGGUACAUGGGCAACGGUGGAUACGAUUACGGCAGGGGCAACGGUGGAUACGGCUAUGGCAGGGGGCAAGGUGGGAACCAAAGCAAUGGCGGCUACCAGCAGCAGCGGCAGGGCGGCAACGUUGGCCAAUACCAGCAGGAGCGCGCUGGCAAUGGUGGCUACUACCCGCAGAGGCACCACCCAGCCAGUGACAGGUACCACCAGCAGCGCGGCAACUCUGGCGAUCGCCGCAAUUUCGCGCGCGUCCCUGCGCCGGUCCUGAACGUCAAGGAGUUCCCUGAGCUGCCUGUACCCACCUCGGCUCGAUCUGCUGCGCCGGCCUCUGCACCCCACGCCUGUCCCAGCUCAGGCCUCUGCACCGGCGGCCGCUCCGGCUCAGGCCCAGGCGCCUAGCUCUUCUGAUUAGUUUCCCUUUUAGCUUUUGGGUGAGGAUGGAGUGAUGAACGUGAGGCACGCCUCAUGAAAUUUUGUAACGGAUGCUUUACUGUUUUAUUCAGCUUUUUUUGAUUCAGUAUUUU